UGAUCUUGCCGUAUGAAAUCAAUACAUGAAAUAGAUACGUCAUUGCCACUGUUGGCCAGUAUCUUAUAAGCAUCUUGAAUGUACUUUCAGAAGUAAUGUAGGGGAGAAAGCAGUAAUUUGUUUAUGGAACACAUCAAGAGAGUACGUCUUGUGGCUAAAAUUGGGGGAAAAGAAAGAGAUCAUUGUUGAAGUGAAUAAACAAGAUGAUCUGCACAGCAAAUUGCUGUAAUUAGUGACAGCACUUAGUAGAAUAAGGGCAGAAAGGAGGGAAAAUAGGUAGGCGAUAUUGACAACAGUCUCAAAAGGUUCCGUCUUCAUGGAGUGUGAGUUAGUAAAACACUUUGCAAACAAUGCAGAGGACUCAGAGCAAUAGGACUGGCUGGUGGGAAGGAGCAGCAUAAAUAAAUGGGAAAUGAAGCUGGAAGGGGAGCAGGAGGGAUGACUUGUGUUGGUAUUUGCAAACAGGAGAUGCUCCAGAAGAAGAAUGCUGUUUUGGUGGAUGGGGUCAUCCUAAAUGGUCCAAUAAUGGACUCUAAAGCAGGGGAGAAGUUUGUGGAAGAGGCCUGUAAGAUUAUAAUGGAAGAAAUCAUCCAGAAAGCUGAUGAUGUCACAGAAAAGGUUUGUGAAUGGCAGGCGCCCGAAGCGCUGAAGCAGAUUCUUGAUCUGGAAAUGAAAGAUACUGGAGAAUCUAAUCAGAAGCUCUUGCAGCUCUGCCGGGAUGUUAUACAAUACAGCGUCAAAACCAGUCACCCAAGAUUUUUCAAUCAGCUCUAUGCUGGAACGGAUUAUUACUCAUUAGUGGCUCGUUUCAUUACAGAAGCACUGAACCCAAGUGUAUAUACAUAUGAAGUAUCCCCUGUGUUUCUGUUGGUGGAAGAAGCAGUCAUCAAGAAAAUGAUUGAGUUCAUAGGCUGGAAAGAAGGGGAUGGUAUAUUUAAUCCAGGUGGCUCUGUUUCUAAUAUGUAUGCUAUGAACUUAGCAAGAUACAAAUUUUGUCCUGAGAUAAAGGAAAAAGGGCUUUCGGGUUUGCCAAGACUAGUCCUGUUCACCUCAGAAGAGUGUCAUUACUCCAUGAAGAAGGCAGCUUCCUUCCUGGGUAUUGGUACAGAGAAUGUUUGCUUCAUCAAAACAGAUGAAAGAGGUAAGAUGAUACCUGAGGAACUGGAGAAACAAGUCCAACGGGCCAGGAAAGAGGGGUCAGCACCAUUUCUGGUCUGCGCUACAGCAGGUACAACAGUGCUGGGAGCAUUUGAUCCUCUGGAUAAAAUUGCUGACAUCUGUGAAAAGUAUGGCCUCUGGCUUCAUGUUGACGCUUCUUGGGGUGGCUCAGCUUUAAUAUCAAGGAAGCAUUGCAGACUUCUUCAUGGCAUCCACAGAGCUGAUUCUGUCGCCUGGAAUCCCCAUAAAAUGCUGUUGGCUGGAAUCCAGUGCUGUGCUCUUCUGGUGAAAGACAACUCCGGCCUCCUGAAGAAGUGUUAUUCUGCCAAGGCUGCAUACCUGUUCCAGCAGGACAAGUUCUACGAUGUCAGCUAUGACACUGGUGACAAGUCCAUUCAGUGCAGCAGGCGUCCAGAUGCGUUCAAAUUCUGGCUGAUGUGGAAAGCAUUGGGAACCACAGGCCUUGAGGAAAGAGUAAACAGGGCACUGGCCUUGGCUAGAUAUCUAGUGGAGGAAAUUAAGAAGAGAGAGGGUUUCCAGCUUCUUUUGGAGCCGGAGUAUGCAAACAUUUGCUUUUGGUACAUUCCACCAAGCUUAAGGAAAAUGGAGGAUGGACCUGAAUUUUGGCAGAAGUUGCACCAGGUUGCUCCUAUAAUUAAAGAAAGGAUGAUGAAGAAGGGCAGCAUGAUGCUUGGGUACCAGCCUCACCAGGGCAAAGUCAACUUCUUCCGCCAGGUGGUGAUCAGCCCGCAAGUUAGUCGAGAGGACAUGGACUUCUUGCUGGAUGAAAUUGAACUGCUUGCUAAGGACUUAUAACUGCAGGUUCAUAGCACCAGGUGCUGCUCACAUGUGGUAUUUAUGGAGAGAGAAUGGCAGCAGCAUUCUGGUGCUAUUUUGUGAAAGGUAAUAAAAAGCUUGACACAUAGUUUGGAAACUGUCAUUUUACAGAGUGAUGUUGAGAGUUUUGCAGGUAGAAACACCCCUUCACAGGAAAGUAUUUGCUUGUAGGCACUGAGGAUGGCCAGGGGCAGGUCAAUGCUUGCAGCAUUACUGCAGCCAUUCUGGGAAGUCUUUCCUCGAGAAGGGAGCACUUCUGAAAAUGGUGUCUACGGUCCAGGGAUGGCAGCUAUUUACAGGGUGCCUGUGCACAGAGUAGCUCAAACUGGUCGUUUACUCCUCUGAAGUUACUAUUAGGAGUGUAUUUAGCUCAGUGAGCUUUAAAAUAAUAGUUAAUCCUCUGUCUACAUUUUAGUUUGGUAUGUGUGUAAGGGUGGAGGCCUGGUUGGUAAUUACGCUGAUAAGAUUGGACAUCCUGGACUUGAAUGAAAGCGCUCCUGAAGGCCUCCAACUGGGUGGAUUUUCUGCCAUGGGGUUGUGCAGUUGCGAUCCCAGGAGGUUUGCAGCAUCCGCUUGCAUAAAGCCCCAGGUAACCAAUAUUGACCCAGCUUUGAGCAGGAGGAACUAGAUGACCUAUGUAGGUCCUUUCAAACCUAACUGAUUUUGUGAUUCUGUGAAAUACAAUGAUUGGAGCUAGUCAGUGUUUGCUACUGUUGCUCACCCAAAAUAACACCACCACUUCAGCAGAGCUGGGAAUAUUGGAGUAACACUUAGAACUUCUUACCUCUUUAUUAACAGGAGUUACCUGUAAUUUCUGAACUGCUGUUCACUUGCUCUUUUUAAAGUUUAAAGAUUUAUGUAGCAGCUUUUAGAUGCACUUUAAAAUUUUAACAGAGAAUAAAUAAAUAUAUAUUUUUUAUGCAUGGUGACUAUAUAUUAAGAGUAUGGCGAGACUGCAUAUUUGUCAUUGUUUGUCUUUAUUUUCCUACAGAUUUGAGAUGACUCAAUCUUAUGUUAUCAGUGUAUAAUUUAUAGUUUUACACUGACAUUAUGGUGGUGGUGAUCAGUGAAAGCCUGCCAGUUAUUUUAGGAUAUGAACAGUCUGAGUAUUUUUGGUCACACUUUAAUUGUAAAAUUAAAUCCUAAGCUUUAUGUUUGUGUGAAUAAUUAAAGCUUACGGUUAAUCUGUUUUUAUUCUAUAGAAUGAUCCAUUUUACAAAGAUAAAAAUUUAUUUCUCGGGGUGCAGUUCUUGCAGCAAACUAAUGGAAAUAACUAUAUCUUUUUCUUUGUAAUCAGUGCCUACUUAACUUUAAUGUUUUGAUGUUUGUUCCUUAUUCUGUAUUUGGAGUGGCAUUGAUUACAAAGUGGACCUUUCUGCUAUAAUGUUUUCUAUCCUACUGAAAGGUGUCUUUAAGCACAAUGCUUUCUUGUUUUCAUUUCCUACGUUGUACUAGGAUCCAACAUUGCAUGACAUUCCUACUUCCAAUUUCCAGGAUGAUGGUGUGGAAAGUUUAACAAAGUCAUGAUAUCCAAGGAGGCCACACUAUCAGAGCAGUAAAUAGGAACAAGAGUCAUCCUGCAGCACUUGACAGAUGCCUUUAAGAGCGUCCUGUAAGUGAAUAUUCUUGUGGUGUUAUAAUGAGAUACUGGACUGUAAGCCAAAACCCACAUUAAUAUCAACAUAAAAACAAAUAUAACAAUGUGGUUCCUGGAUUCUGCCCUGCAACACCUGCAGUUCACUUUAUCACUUUAUCAUUUAUUAUCUUGUGCUUCUGGCUAUACCAACUUGGAAAGCACUUAACUAAAUUCAGGGCCCGCAAGAAUUCUUCAGCCCGCAGCCACUCCUGCUGGAGUGCAGAGUAUGCAAGGGCUGCUGCAUGGAUGGGAUGACUUUGCUGUUGCUUGUUUAGUUAAAUAGGACUCUUCUCCCUUCCUCUCUUUUUUGACCUCGAAGGAGAAGACAAAAUACAGUAUCAGGAUGUUUUGAUAAUGGUCUGGGUUCUUGGUGAGUACUUGAUUUUUUGAGCUAUGCCACCUUGUGUCAGCUAAGAAUUUUGAUGUUUCACGACACUGCUAGAGUCAAAAAAAAAUGUUACUGUCUUGUUUCUCGUCAGGUUGUUAGUGUAUUUCUGUUUCCAGCUACUGUGGUGCUUACAGCACAUGUCUAACCAGUUCCUUUCUGUACCAGUAGUGGCUUUAGUAUUUUUAAAUAAGAGCAAAAUGGAACGUUUUUAAUAUUUGCAGAAAAUAGGUCUCUGAUCAACAUGUGCAAUGAUUUCUUCAGAUGUAUAGGUUAACCUUUCAGUGUGAUGCAAGUACCUUAUCUCAUUUCUGUAUAUUUUCUAUUAUUGCUGACCCUUUAUCACGUCCCAGGUGCGUAAUAUGAUGGUCUCAUUUCAGGACUAAUGUAAUUUUCUCAUCGUUUCCUAUUUAGGACUAGUAUAUUAAUUUAAGACUAGUAUCUUACUAUGUGCAAAAUGUCUGUUUUGUAGCUGGUGAUUUUAAUAAAAGUGAAGUAAAUGACA